UAAAUGUGAAUGGUUUGCAACGUUUUAUGUUAUUAGUUGAAUUAUUGGCAACACAAGAUGGAUCUGCUAGUGUACAAAACGCCGUUCAUGUUCUACACUGAAGAUGAUAUACAAAGGAUUGUAAAUAAUCAUGGAAUUAACUUAGAUCAGCUUUUUGAUUACGUUAAGAUCAUUAAGGAUUGGUUGAAGACGCAGCCGCACAUCCCAUUGGAACCGAGCGAUAGGCAAAUUGCAUAUUUCCUGUUAUAUAAUAAAUUGUCUAUAGAAAACACCAAAGUGAAGCUGGAUAUGAAUUACACUAUUAAAGGAUUAAUGCCGGAUUAUUACAAUAAACCUCCAUCUCAUCCAGACAUUCAACGAGCUCUGAAAUUCGCAUAUUGGGGUGCGUUGCCGAAAUUAACGCAAAACCUGAAUCGCGUCUUUGUCUGGCGUUUGGCCAACGCAGAAGACCUCGAUGUUUCUCUUCUGUUCUCUACCUACUGCUUCAUGUAUGAACUUAAAACUAUAUUGGAUUUUAAUAAUUCAGAAGAAACCAUUUGUGAUAUGUCGUAUUUUCCGCUUUCCCUGGUUGGAAAAUUCAAUCCGAUGCAUAUCAAAAGAAUGAUGACUAUUAUAGAAAAAGUUUACUCUAAUCGGAUUAGUGCUUUUCACUUCGUCAAGUUGCCAUCAUAUGCUCAAUCGCUAAUCAAUUUGAUGAAACGAUUUAUGAAGCCGAAAAUGCGAGAAAGGAUGAUCUUUCAUGAUGAUUAUGAUACUUUGCAUGAUUAUUUCGAUGUGGAUCAACUUCCCAAGGAGUUUAAUGGAAAUGGUAAAAGCCUUGCUGAAAUUCAUGAGCAAACGAAGAAGAUAAUUAUGGAUCACGAAGAUCACUUAACGAAGGUGUUCAGCGCCAGAGUAAAUGAAGAUCUGAGACCAACGAAAUUAACAAAUGACGAUUUGUUGGGUUUCUAUGGCAAUUUCAAGCAACUAGAUUUUGAUUGAUAAUUCUUAUCUUAUGCAAUUCCAAUUCUUCUUUGUUUGUACAUUUUCUUUUCGUAUUCAAUUUCAAUGACUCCUUUCAUUCUAUGUUUUAAUUAUAAUAAUUGUAGUCUAAUUUUUUAAUUUAAUUUAAUCAAGUUUGAACGAAAUUGAAAACUCAUUAAGGUUUCACUGAUAACCUAAAAAAAUUGCAAAAAAAAACAGCAAGUCGAUUUGGUUUCACUUCAAAUUAUUAAGUUUUGAAACAAAAUACUAGUUUUUUAAAACAAAUUUGAAUUGUGAUUUGACUUGUUAGUCACCUAUGGAAUUUACACGAGUACAAUAGUUCAACAAUUAUAAUUCAUAACAAAAUUAUUUUUUUGAAUAAAUCAAGAUUUUUUUUUUAAAUUUGCAUAGCAAUUAGAA